GCUGCUUACCUGUUCUCUCAACUAAUGCAGGUAGCGUGGUUUCACCCAGAGAUAGAGAAUUUAUCUAAACCAGGUUAUCCAUGGUAUAUAACAGUUGAGUGUGUGAUGCCACAAUUAACCGCAAAUAUACAUCUUUUAUCAUCGUAUCAUUGAGGGUGUUGGCAGAAGAAAAAGGAACGAAUAUCUACAAAAAUCACAAUGCAAUCGAAAGCAAAAAAAGUGGUAAUUUCCUUAUUCUUUUUAACCGUAUAUUUCUAUGUAUAUACCAAAGCUGCUGUCAGUAAGAACUUGACAGAACUAAAGAUAAGUACCGAUAUACCUCAGCCACCACCUUCAGCUCAAUCUAUUUCUUCUUCUGCAAGCACAGAUAGAAACAUUUCCAGUUCGUCGGAAAUAAUAGAAUCAGCGUCUUCCGUUUCAUCUUUCUCUUCUACCGAGCUCCCUUUGUCUUCGGAAGAUAAAGCAAUUCAAUCUUGGACAAAACUUGAAGAAGUAGUUGAAAGCACUUUGGGUAAAGUUACAGUAAGGAUAUUUCCAUCUUUAAUCCAAGUUGGACUGAAAAGUAAACUUCCUGGAAACUGUAAAUCAGCGGUUUUGAGAACAAUGUUGGGAUUAAGAGCUAUGGAACCUUGGGCUUUAAAAAUGCUAGAUGCGUUUGGUAAGCCUGGUGGAGGAGUUCUGCAAGGGGCACUGACGUCAUUUGGAUCGUUUGAUGAAUGUCUGAGUGUGGAAGCUACCGAAUUUAACAAACGGACCAAUCAGACGGAGCGACACUUCAAUGGCCAGUAUUGUACUGUUGAAUUCCACCCACCAUUACCGCCUAAACCUCGGUACUAUACUGUUCAUCAUCGAUUGAAAUUGUUUGAAAACUUUACUAAAUCAGCAAAGAUUUUAUCACUCAUUAGCGAUAAAGCACAUUUCUUCUACUUUUUGUCGUUUCGACUUGGAGUAUGCAUACCCUCUACCUGCUCAUCGGAAGACCUUGUUCACGUGAUCAGUAGACUGAUAGGUUCCUAUGGAUUCACCGUUUCUGUUCCUCAUUGUGAAACAGAAGCAUCAGUGGAUAUAAACAGCAGCCAAAUAGUAAUUAUGUGCGUCUUAGGAAUUUUGGGUAUAUUUAUUCUCGUUGGAACUGCCUAUGAUACAUUAUCAUUUUAUUACUACAAGAACCGCAUGAGGAACAAACGUUCGCCACGAGGCACAUUUACCAGAAUAUUGAUAUCUCUGUCAGUUAACAGCAACAUCUCCAAAAUCUUAGAAACCACGACAUCUUUGGACAAACUACAGGCAUUGCACGGUCUCAGAGCUCUCAGUAUGACUUGGAUUAUUUCAGGCAACAUCUUUCUGUGUAUCAAAUACCAGAUUUUCCGAUAUGUGCUCUGCCCACCACGGAGUUUUUCCGGUGAAUUGGCUUUUCAGCCUUUCCUUAGUUCAACUCUUGCACUAGACACUUUCUUCCUUUCCAGUGGAUUCCUGACAGCGUACGUCAUUUUGAAACCAACAUAUGAAUCAGAAAGAAAAAUAAGCCUCUUGAUGCUCCUUCUUCACAAAAUCUACAGGAUGGUUCCGGCUCAGAUGAUAGUAAUAGCACUAGCUAUGUUGCUUCCACUGUUAGGCUCUGGACCUGUAUGGCAUGAGACAGUAGACCCCAUAGUAACCAAGUGUCAGAAGUCGUGGUGGGCCAACUUGUUUUUUGUUAACAACAUUGUUCUCUCGGCUAAAGAUAGGUGUUUAGAACACUCCUGGUACGUGGCUUGUGAACUACAACUCUUCGUUGUGUCCAUGGCAGUAGUGUGCCUAAUGCAAAGGAAACCCAAACUUGGAAUUUUGCUGUCUUGCGUAUUGACUGUUCUAGCGGUCAUAAUAACGGGAGUGUUGACCUUCCAUUAUGUCCUCCCACCCACAGUUCUGUUUGCUCAAGCUGACCAAAGUGAAAGGCUGACUUCCGAGGACCUGACUUAUCAUAAGCCUUACGCCCAUUUAGGUGCCUUCUGCACGGGGCUUAUUAUAGGCUACAAAAUAGCUAAAAAGUCUGUGUUCAACAUCAAACCGUAUAUACAGUUAAUCCUAUGGCUGCUAGCUAUAGGCUGUAACCUUUCCCUGGUUCUGGGAAUUCAUCCGUGGAACAAAGGCAACGAAGCGAUUGACACAGCGGAUUCGGCGAUUUAUGCCGCCACUCACAGAACACUCUGGGCCGUUGGGGUCGGUUGGAUGGUCUUUGCUUGCAUUACUGGAAAUGGAGGUAUCAUUAAUAGGAUUCUGUCUUGGAGAGGGUGGAUACCGUUAAGCCGGUUAACUUUCCUCACUUACCUUCUACAUCCUCUGGUCCAGAUGACCUUAAUAGCUAGUGUCAAAGAACGCCUUCAGGCGGACCAGUACAUUGCACUUUACUUGUUUAGCGGAUUGCUGUUAAUAUCGUUUUCAAUGGCGUUGUUCGUUUCCCUGUUCCUGGACAUGCCGCUGCGACAGUUGGAAAAUCUUUUCAUCGCCAGAAUAAGGAAAGGCUUUGACUCCACAUAUGACCUCGAUGGGAGGACGGAGCCAGGAAAAGUAAAAGAUAAAAGCUACCUUAGAACAGAUGUGCAAGAUGAACAUACAAGAAAACAAGUUUCAAAUGACAAAAGAUUUGGUGAAAGUUUUGACGGCAAAAUGUUUGUUUGCCACUUAUGAAUGUUUCUGUUUAUUGUGAGCUAUAAUCUAAGUUACAUAAUAAUAAGAAGACGGUUACAUAUAUUUAUAUUUUGUAGCUAUACCUGCAACGCAUACACAAACGUAUUUGAAUUUGAAAUGAAAAUAAUUUCCUCUAAAAGAUUAUUUAAUUUGUUAUGUGGGCAAUUUAUGACACGUUGAUAAACGAGUGUAUAAAUCAAAGCCCUUGCUAACAAAUAUCUGGAAUUUGCUGUUUUUAUUUUCUUGUUUGUAAUCAACAGAAGUAUUCUAAAAGGCCUAAAAACCUGUCCUAGCCCUAGAAUUACCGACAGCACCAGCUUUAAAAUUAUUUAUGAAACAAAUAGUUUUUGGUUCAUUUAUACCCGUUGGCUAAAGUUUCCCAAAUUAUAUAUGAAUUGUACAAAAAUACCUCCAGUAUUGUAAUCAAUUCCACUAAUCAUUGUUCUGCUGUCUAGUUUAUAGUACUGGGAAAAUCGAUGAUUUCAGCCAGUUAUUUAGACUGAGUGUUUCAACAUUCAAAAACGUAAAGUUAAUCAAAAUAGUACAAUAUAUAGAUCCCACCAGUUGUGAAUAGUAUACAAAAUGUCGGGAAUUUGAGGGUUUAAAGAUAGUGAAAUAUAAAAUCUACUUUUUGAAGUAUGGGUUUCUCUUAUGCUAUAACAAUACACACGCAAUGGAGAAUUCAUCUCUAAAACAAUAUCUGAUGUUUAGAGUGACUCUAUAUUCGGUUAUUAUGAGAUUGACUAUAAUUAUUUGAUCUUAGUGCAAAAUUCAUGUUUUCCAGUACUCUACAAUAGUCGUACACCAAAAGUAUAACCAUAGUGUUAAGAAACAGAAGAAAAAUGGCUAUUGAUAGACGUAUUUACAUUCGUAUUUCUAAAGUAAAGACUCCUAUGUAAUGUUCUUUGUAUGUACAUUACAAUCAAUUUUAGUGCUGUUUUAGCCUCUCCUUGCGAUGGACAGUACUAGGGUAUCUUUUUUUUUGAGUGUUUUGGAGCCCUUGUAUGCAGUGAUAGUUUAAACAUCGUAUGUCAUGUCACUUGUCAGUUAGUGAAAUAAUUCAGUAUUUGUAAGCAAGAAUAUACAGCCGCCUUUUUCACUACCUAACAUUGAGUAACUUUGUAAAAUGUGUGUGUGUGUGAGAGAGAGAGAGAGAGAGAUUUUGACUAGAAUUUGAAAACCCUUUGACGACCGUUAGGAGUGUUUGUGUCACCUUUGGGUUUCUUCCCCACUAGCGUCC